UUCUCACUCUGGACCCUUUUCUGGACACCAUCAGUGUGAGACUGAGAUAUAUGAGCCUGAAUGUAAACAUGAGCAGAUGUGACACUUGUUUCUUCUGUUACAAACAUCGAUUAUUUAUUAGGUUUAAAUUCAAACACAACGACUGCACACAUAUUGCUAAAAUUUCUACUUUUAUUUCUUGACUAAUUAUUGAGAUUUUCUUCAGUAGGCCUAUGCACAACUUUAGUUGCCAUGGUAACAGAUUGCCAUCCCUGUCUGAGAUAAAAUGGAGUAGUAGAGCGCCUGUGAUAAACAGACCCAGGGAUGGUCCAGGUUAGUACUCCAGAGUGAUUCAUCCUGUCCAGUAUGAACUAUCUUUGGUCCAGGUCCUCCUAUCAUUCAGCCUCUAAAAUAUGAAACACGCACCUUUCCACUGACAUCACAUCAUACUACUAUCCUGCCAGUCAGCUGUCCAAUCAGCGGCCGAAGGGAGGCCGAGUGCCGCUGCGGUUGUCCAAUCGGUGGAUAGCGUGAGCUCUGCUCACCGGCACGUCACUCCUGAUUGGAGGGUUGAGCUGUAAAGGAGGCGGGAUGUGAAACCACCGAAUCCGAAGUAGUCCGUCUUUCUCAUUAGCAUAAAAUAUGCAGCAUCGCUCCGACUGUCUGCUGGUGAACAAAUUAUCAUGAGGCACUGAAGUAACAGUUUAUUUUGGCUCGGUUGACUUGAUUUUGGAGCACCUGAGAAACAAUAUCCCGAUGAAGAAAAAUUAUUAAUUAUUUUUAGUGCAUGGUGAUUUUUUGGUCAGCUUAAAGAAAACCUGCUUCUCAGUAUUGCUCUUUCACCAUCACCAUCAGUUUGAAUUUUUUUUAUUUUUUUAAAAACUUUUUUUUACAUCCAAAAAGAUGUGGACUUUCCUGGGAAUAGCAAGCUUCACAUAUCUGUACAAAAAAUCCGACUCAGUCUUGACUUUCACUCACAAAGAGCUGGUGAUGGCCGCAGCCUUAUUUCUCACAGUCGGGCUGCUGCUCUCAUAUGUCAGGUAUUUUCAUGGCCAGAAGCUCAGAGUCUCUCAGGUCUUUCAUUUAUUUCUGAGCCUCUUGUCUUUUUUACCUGUUAUCAACCAUUUCAUCCCUCAAACUUCAACACAGAGGAGCGAGAAAGCAGAGAACAACUGUAAAAAGAGCCGGAGAACCAGGAAGAGGGUGGAUGUAGAGGCCUCCACUUCAGAAAGUGUCGCCACCAGUGGCUCCUCCAUGGCACAAGAGCCAGAUGUGGUGAUAGUAGGGGCUGGGGUCCUGGGCUCAGCAAUGGCGGCAGUCCUGGCACGGGAUGGCAGGAGGGUGACGGUGGUGGAGAGGGACCUGAAGGAGCCUGACAGGAUAGUGGGGGAGCUGCUGCAACCUGGAGGCUACAGAGCUCUCAAAGAGCUGGGACUGGAAGGUUCGGUGGAGGGUCUGGAUGCCCAUCUGGUCAACGGCUAUGUGAUCCAUGACAUGGAGAGCGGCACAGAGGUGGAGAUCCCUUACCCUCAGGAGGAGGAAAGCAUCCAGUGCGGACGGGCUUUCCAUCACGGUCGAUUCAUCAUGGGCCUGAGGAGAGCCGCCCUGGCCGAGCCAAAUGUCACAGUUGUAGAAGGCACUGUGACCAGUUUGGAGGAAGAGGACGGCUGUGUAACCGGAGUCCAUUACAAGGAUAAAGAAACUGGAGACGUCAAGGAAAUCCGUGCAGCUCUCACAAUAGUGGCUGAUGGCUGUUUCUCCAAAUUCAGAAAGAGUCUGGUUUCUGGGAAAGCUCGCACGUCUUCUCACUUUGUUGGAUGCCUGAUGAAGGAUUGUCCCCAGUUUAAAUCCAACCAUGCUGAGCUGGUGCUGGCCAAUCCGAGCCCCGUGCUCAUCUAUCAGAUCUCCUCCUCACACACCAGAGUGCUUGUGGACAUCAGGGGGGAGAUGCCACGCAACCUCUUAGAGUACAUGGCAGAGAAAAUACACCCGCAGCUGCCAGAGCAUUUAAAGGAGCCUUUCAUGGUGGCGCUACAGAACGAUCGACUCAGGUCCAUGCCUGCCAGCUUCCUCCCCCCCUCCCCUGUCAACAAGCCAGGCGUGCUUCUCCUGGGCGAUGCUUACAACAUGAGGCACCCUCUGACGGGAGGAGGGAUGAGCGUCGCGCUCAACGACGUUCGCAUCUGGAGGAGUCUGCUCAACAACAUCCCGGAUCUGUACGAUGACGGCGCCAUGCUGCAGGCAAAGAAAAAAUUCCACUGGGAACGCAAGUCAUCACAUUCUUUUGUGGUGAAUGUGUUGGCCCAGGCCCUGUAUGAGCUGUUUGCAGCCACCGACAAUUCUCUGCAUGAGCUGAGAAAAGCCUGCUUCCAGUACUUCAAGCUUGGUGGACAGUGCAUCGCUGGGCCUAUUGGACUCCUCUCAGUGUUGACGCCCAAACCAAUGACCCUUAUUGGACACUUCUUCGCCGUGGCGGUGUACGCGAUCUACUUCAACUUCAAGUCCGAGUCCUGGAGCACCAAACCCCGAGCUUUAUUCAAAAGCGGAGCCAUCCUCUACCGAGCCUGCACGGUCAUGUUUCCCCUCAUCUACUCUGAGUUCAAGUACCUGGUGUACUGAGGAGCUUCAUAUGGAAAUCUGUACAUGCUGUAUUACAUCUGGACACACAUAGACCAAACUCUAUAUGAGCUGUAUGGCUUAAUUAGGAAAAGCAAAACAAACGUUGGUAUUUUUCAGUAGCUGUCAUGUUUGUCCAACCACUGAAUAAGGCACUGUUGUCAUCUCAAACUUAAUGAUUUUACCAAUGAGGAUUUUCUAUCUUAUGCCCCUGCCUUACUGACAGCUGGAGAUGUUGCCAUUGUCUUUAUGUCCUGUUUACUGCCUUUUUCCAUUUGGAAAUAUUUGCAUCAAUGCCUUGGUGUAGCUGUUUGUGCUUGCCCACAGUUUUAUGCUCGAGGCUUGUAACGUUCAGUAUAUUAGCUCACACCCUGAAUUACACUGAAUAUUCAGUGCUGUGGAAUUAUUCCUGCCUUGUAUAAUUGCCAUGUGGAACAUGGCAUCCGAAUUUCUUAAUAAUGACUUUGAGAUAAAGCCACUUUCCUGCUGGUAUAUUUUCUUGUAGAGCUAAUUUGGGCUGUAUUUAAUAUGAGGAUCCUUCUGUAAUGAUGAUGUACGUUAAUACAAGAAUAAUUGUGAAUCUAAAGCACUGAUGAUGGGAUGUCAUAAGACAGAAGCUUUCUAAAAAGUUAUCUUAACGUUGUAAUUUAUACAAAAUGAUACUUCUCUUGUACAUUUUCAGCCUUAUUAGUUGAGAAAUGUCUGCACGACUUUAUGUGUUCACACUGUUUGCUCAGAGGAUCAUCUCCUGCCUUUCUCUCUGUGACUGUUGAUCUUUAUAUAUUGCAAUAAGGGACUUUUUUUGUAACACAUUUUGGUGCCUACAGUCAGUCUGAAACAUGCUGACGGUGCAGCUGACAAGACUAUAAUCCCAGAACCCAACAAUGAUCCCUGCACUUUUUCAGUCCUGCUGGAUGUCAGUAAAGACUUGACACAGCGUGAUGCCUGGGGGGAUGUUUGGGUUUAACUGGGACCCGAGAUGGAAGGAAUGAUGCUCAAAUCAGGACCGAGUCAACAGAUGAUGCUCAGGUGUUGUUUCUCCUGAGCUGACACAGACUAGGAGCUCCUGAACUGUAAAUCACCACAGCUGCUCUGCUCUGUUGUGUUGGGCUUGAUGGGCCAUUAAAUAAAACAUACAUAACAAACCAGA